GGAGAGCGUCGCUGAUCACCGCUCAGGCGGAAGGCGAGGUCGAGGGGCCGGGCCGCCGUUUGUCUCGCCUUCCCUCCUCCCUCCCCCCGUUGAAUGCACCUCACUGCCCCGAGGAGAAAUCGAGAGAGGGGGAGAUAAAGCGCAGGAGCGAGGAAGAUGUCGCGGAGCCUGUGGAUGGGCGAUUUGGAAAAUUACAUGGAUGAAAAUUUCAUCUCAAGGGCAUUUGCCACAAUGGGUGAAACUGUAAUGAGUGUAAAAAUUAUUCGUAACCGAGUGACUGGGACGCCAGCAGGUUACUGCUUUGUGGAGUUUGCGGACCAGGCUACCGCAGAACGAUGUCUGCUUAAGAUCAAUGGGAAAAAACUUCCAGGUGCUUCACCUCAGCCCAGAAGAUUUAAGCUUAACUAUGCCACUUAUGGAAAGCAGCCAGAUAACAGUCCUGAAUAUUCAUUGUUUGUUGGAGAUUUAACACCAGAAGUGGAUGAUGGAAUGCUUUACGAGUUUUUUGUUGAAAAGUAUCCCACGUGUAGAGGAGGAAAAGUGGUACUGGACAAUCUGGGAAAUUCCAAAGGUUACGGCUUUGUGAAAUUCUCAGAUGAAGCUGAACAGAAGCGUGCACUUUCUGAGUGUCAAGGUGCUAUUGGCAUCGGAGGGAAAGCUUUAAGGCUGAGUGUGGCAAUACCAAAAACAAAUCGUGUAGUGAAGCCACCUGACUACAGUCAGACAUAUACCUACAACUACAGCCAGUAUUACCAACCAUACCAGAAUUACUAUACUCAUUGGGGAUAUGAUCAGUACACUGGCAGUUACAGCUACAGCUACCAACAAUAUGGUUAUACACCAAGUACCAUGCAGAGUUAUGAAGAAGUUGGAGAUGAUGCUCUGGAAGAUCCAGUUCCUCACUUGGAUGUUGAAGAAGCUAAUGCACAAUUCAUGGAACAGAGUGAAGAGUUCUACGACGCCCUAAUGAAUUGCCAUUGGCAGCCAUUGGACAGUGUCGCAUCUGAAAUCCCUGCCUCGGCCCUGGCCUAGCAGGUUCAUAUUGCUACUAGAAAAGCAUAAAAAUUCCUGAUGAUCCAUGGGAUUUUUUUUAUAUCCCUUCACUCUCAUUUUCUGGUUCUGGCAUAAUUCUUGUUUAAUAUGGUUCUUACUGUGACAAAACAGAUUUAACAAAUGCUGUAUCCUCUUGUUCCAGUUUUAUCCAAGGUUUUAAAUAAACAAUAAUUUCAAAAAUAGUUUUUUUUAAGAAAGUGGAUCUGCUUCCCAAAGUGUUAGAGUUAGGGUUGUCCAAAUAAUUAAUUCAUAGUUCUGGAAUGUUUUAAAAAAACAAUUAUAAAUAGGAGUAGGAGCCAAAGAUGUUAUGUGGUAUUCUCAUAACCAAGUGUAGAGCUUCAUGGGUAUUACAUGAAUCACAACACCAGAGAGUGCCUUAUGAUUCUUUUUGCAUAUUUUUGCUCAACAUUGAGUUUUAAGUCUAGAAAAUUCAAAUGCCCACUGUCAGAAAGAUUACGCAAAAAUACAGAUCUUAUGUGAGGAAAGUAUGACAUUGGUCAAUGCAAGUUUUAUGAUGUUAUUACUAUUUGCAUUACAACCUGAUUCGGUACUGGUCUAUUCACUACAUUUUGUGUGUAUACAUUUAUGUCAUGAAUUUUCUUAUUCAUCCCCUGGGUUUUUUUUUGGUAUUAAAAUCUACAUAGGCCAGCUAAAAAAGUGUCAUUAUGAUGCAUCAUUGUGGACACUUGAACAGAAUAGGAUUCUGUUGUGAUUCUAAGCUUAUCAAAAUAGAGGACAAAAUGGAAGUUGUGAUGAAAUUGAGUGUAGGACACUGUUACUGGUAUAAAUUCUUCUCAAUAUCUACCUCCAAUACACAGUUGUGGGAUUACAAACUUUGAUGAAGCAUGGGGUCAGAUUUGCUUCCAACUUUCAGAAAUGCAAUUCACCCCAGCUAAAGUUACAAGUUACAGUUUAAAGAAAAGGGUAAGUAAGAUUCAUGAAAAAUAUUUUGUUAAUUCUGCUUAUGCAUCUCACCGUGUUUUUUUUCAGGUAUUUUUCCAGUGUUGUUUCUAUGACCUGGUUGCUCACUACUGAGUACGACUCUAGAUUUGUAAAUUUAUAAAAACAUAGGGUAUAGUGGGGACUUAUUUGUUAAUAGAAAAGGUGAUAGGCAUUUAUUUAAGGCCAUUAAGUCCUGCUUGCAAAUGUUGAUGUUUACAUUUUCCUAGUUAUGCCUUUGUUAAAUCUCCAAUUUUAUGAUAUCCAGAAGCCUGUAAAAGCAAAUUUAUUUUGUAAACUAAAAUAAAGGCAAUUUUUAAAGAUGAAA